AUGGUGUUCAGCUCCACAGGCGCACCGGCCUCGGGUGAAGAGGGCACACUCUCGUUCGGCUUCUCGCAGCCCUCGCAUCGAAGCACAUUCGAGUCGCCGCCCGCCACAAUAAGCCCUUCUCAUCUUGCGUUCGGAUCAACUAGCGCAUCACUCCGACCUCAAUCUCCAUGGACCAAGCUCAUUGGCACAACGAUAUCAACUCAGCUUAACAAGCAGAAUGUUGGAUCGACCAAGAUCGACACUAGUAAAGUCGAGCGAUCAACUCCUGUCAAGCCUGACGGCAGUUUUCGAGACCCCCUGAUUGAUACCGUUGAACGCGCGAUACAAGGCCGACUCACACCUUUCGGGGCCGACACAGUCUUGACCGAGUACACAGGCCGAGAUGACGAUGGCGAUGCCGGUCCAGAUACUGCAGUCCUGCUUCAGGGACUCGAGGCCACCAGAAAGGACAGUCCCGAGCUGUUCAAAUUCAUCCGCUUCUUGUUCGACAGAACAGCCGAGUUUAGUGACCACCAGCAGAGGCUGCCUUCUAGGAACAGUACAGAGCUUGCCGAAGGUGAUCGCGAGGCUCGUCUGAUGAAGCUCGAGAAGACACUUGUGCCCUUGGUGCAUGCCAAGCUUGUGGAGAUCGGUGUCUGCCAUGCAGAGCCUGACAGGCAUGGGAUUAUUCUAGACAACAAAGCUCGAGUCAUCUGCCAUGGCGCAGUCUUGGCUUCCUCGAAGUUGGCGGUGCUGGAACUAUUGAAGGAGGAGUCUUGUGUCACCAAGGCGAAGGCAUCAGCUAUCGAGGACAUCUGA